AUGAAGCUGCCAUGUAGACUGAAAGUCAGAGAUUGAGGGCACACAGGACGCAAUGGCAACAGAAACUACUCCAUUACUGCAAAACAACCAAAUAAGAAAUGGCCGGCUCUAUCUUGCAGCCUUUUCAGCUGUUUUGGGCAGUUUUAUUUUUGGAUACGCCAUGGUAUUUCCCUCGGCUGCUAUCCCACAGCUUCAGAUAGAUGAUGAUCCUAAUCUUCACAUGAAUGUUGGUCAGAUUUCCUGGUUUGGGUCUGUUUUUGCGAUCGGCGCUAUAGCAGGAGGCUUGAGUGCCAUGGUGUUGAAUGAUAAAAUUGGAAGGAAACACAGCAUCAUGAUUUCUGUAAUUCCCUCUACGGCAGGCUUUUUCGUGAUGGCACUAGCUAAGGGAUGGUUGUGGCUUCUCCUGGGCAGAUUGUUCACAGGCAUCGCUGCCGGCAUUACAGCCAGCUCCAUUCCUGUCUAUGUGUCUGAGAUUUCACAUCCAGGUGUUAGAGGAUUCCUGGGAUCCAGCUCUCAGACCAUGACUGUCAUUGGAGGUCUGGUACUCUACGCUCUUGGCUUGGUUUUGCCAUGGCGGUGGCUGGCUGUAGCUGGAGAAGUUCCUGGUCUGAUUAUGCUCUUCCUCCUGUGCUUCAUGCCAAACUCCCCACGCUUCCUCCUUACCAAAGACAAAGAUGACGAGGCUAAAAGAGCACUUCAAUGGCUCAGAGGCCCUGAUACAGACUACGAAAGUGAAUUUCAGCGAAUUAAACACAGUGUCAUUUCCCAGCAGGGCGGAAUGCGCUGUUCGGAUUUUACGAAGUCAUUCUACCUCAAACCAAUCUUGAUCUCUGUGUUUAUGAGAAUCCUGCAGCAAAUGACAGGUAUUACACCCAUCUUGAUUUAUAUGGAGCCAAUCUUUGAGAAAACAGCAGUUUCACUGGAACCCAAGGUUGAUGCAGCCAUAGUGGGUUUUGUUAGAUUGUUCCCUGUUCUGAUUGCAGCCUGUAUAAUGGACAAAACUGGCAGGAAAUCUCUGCUCCAUGCAUCAGCAUUUAUAAUGUAUCUGUCCAUGAUGGUACUGGGAGUAUAUACCCACAAAACACCAUGCAAUAGGAAUGUAACCGGUGAAGCCUUGUCUGCAAAAGAGCCAUUCGGUGCCAUGAGUGGCUUUGAGUUAAGCUCUGGCACACUUAUCCCUCUCAUGAGCAUCAUUUUUACAGUUCUAGGUUAUGCUGUAGGCUGGGGUCCUAUCACAUGGCUGUUGAUGUCAGAGAUCCUGCCAGUGAAAGUGCGUGGCAUUGUUUCAGGCGUCUGUGUGGUGGCCAGUUAUGUCACAGCUUUUCUGCUGACACAGUUCUUCAUGCAGGCAGUGGAAGCAUUCGGACUCUACGUUCCAUUUCUGUUCUUCUCUGCUAUCUGUGUAUUGAACAUCAUUUUCACUGCCAAGUGUGUGCCUGAAACGAAAGGAAAAACGUUAGAGGAGAUUGAGAACUAUUUCAGAAAUGGAAACACUGUCACCAUUGCUGAGAGAUAAUCUUUACUUUGAACAAGCCAAGAUAUUUAAGUAAUGUUUUCUUUUUAAAAGAGAAAAAACACUCAAUAAAUGAUAUGCUGGAAAAAUGUCAAGUAGUUCUAUGCAAGUAUGUUGCAUAGUUUCUAUUUAAUUGUAUAAACAAAAGAA